CUCCAUUUAAAAUAAGUAUGGUAUAGCACAGGCUUAAUAAAUUAUUGCCUAACAUCUAUUUGUGAUAUUUAUAAUAUUUGGUUGUCAUGAGCUCGAUUGGGACAGGCUACGAUCUUUCUGCAUCUCAAUUUUCUCCUGAUGGUAGGAUAUUUCAAGUGGAAUAUGCUUUAAAAGCUGUGGAAAAUAGCAGCACUGCUAUAGGUAUACGUGUAAAGGAUGGUAUCAUUUUAGGAGUUGAAAAACCUCUUCUUUCUAAAUUGUAUGAAGAUUCAUCUAAUUCAAGACUUUUUAACAUUGAUAUUCAUAUAGGAAUGGUUGUUGCUGGUCUUUUAGCAGAUGCCAAUAUGAUUGUAGAAGUUGCACGAGAUGAAGCUCUGAAUCACAGACGUAAACUUGGGUCUGCAAUUCCUUUGAAAUAUUUAGUUAAACGACUCUCAAUGUAUUUUCAUGCUUACACUCUAUAUAGUGCUGUUAGACCAUUUGCAUGUAGUGUUAUAUUAGGAAGUUCUACAGAUGAGAGUGGUCCUGAAUUGUAUAUGAUUGAGCCUUCAGGAGUAUCUUUAGGCUAUUUUUCAUGUGCAAUUGGCAAAGCUAAACAGGCAGCUAAAACGGAAUUCGAAAAGCUCAAGAACAAAGAUUUAUUGAUGAAAGAUAGUGUCAAAGAAUUAUCAAAGAUAUUGAUGACCAUUCACGAUGAAGCUAAAGAUAAAGAUAAUUUCAUUUUGGAAAUGGGAUGGGCAGGAAAAGAAACCAAGGGUCUUCAUCACACAGUUCCAGAGGAUAUUUAUCACAAUGCUUUAACUUAUGCAAAAGAAUCAUUACGCGACACAGACGACGAAGAAGAAAUGGCAUAAUUUUAUUACAUUAUAGAUAUUAAGGUCGCAUUAUUACAUUUUUAUAAAAACGUUUAUCCAUAUUGUAAUAUCCAUUUUAAUUUUCUGUCUCAAAAUAAAGAAA